UUUGGCUUGCGUGCUGAAGUCGGUGUAGUGGGGAGCAGAGUGCUGCGGCUCCAGCGGUGCGGACGUAGAGGUUGUCGACCGGAUACCGGCGUCCCCGUUUUAUUAAUUAGUAUAAUUUAUAAUACUUCUACCGGACCUGAGUUGGAAAUACACAAUAAGCGUGUUUGCAUUUGGGUCGUCGAAGUGAACGAGUGCUUUCUCCCAACUUUGCUAGACCAACACGACGGCGAGAAGCUUCUUCGUGGAAAUCUGCGCGCGGCGGAAGGCGUCCGAAUCAGUUUCAAAGAGGAUAACAUCUUUGUCAAGUUGCUGGACUUUUCCUUCGGUCCACCAGGUUUUUUUUUGUACGCCAUCCUCACAUCUCCAUUCCUACCAGUAGCGCAAUCCAGAGCGCUUUAAAUAUCGGAAAGAGUCCGGCAAAGCUCAGCUGGUUCACUGGUUAAAAGGCUUACAACGCAAAAGAGCUCGAAUGCCAGAAUCCGCAGUGAUGCACCGCAACGGGAUGCUGUCAGACAUCCAAACUCGAAUCCGAACGGAACCCCUCAACGGCAAUUACGAAGUCGCAGGCAAAGAAUUGGGAAGGGGGAAGUUCGCCGUAGUGAAGAAGUGCGUGGACAAGACCACCGGGAACGAACACGCGGCCAAGUUUCUGCGCAAACGACGCAAGGGUGUCGACUGCCGCAUGGACAUCAUCAAUGAGGUGGCCAUCCUGGAAAUGACCAAGUCCAACCCAUAUGUGGUGGCCCUGCAUGAGGUCUUCGAGACCACCUCUGAAAUCAUCCUGGUGUUGGAGUACGCUGCCGGUGGUGAGAUUUUCAAUCAGUGCGUUGCGGACAACGACGAGGCCUUCACAGAGAAGGACGUCAUCCGAUUGGUCAGGCAGAUCCUCAGUGGGGUGGCGUUCCUGCACCGGAGCAACGUGGUUCACCUGGACCUCAAGCCCCAGAACAUUCUUCUGACGAGCAGCAGACCCUUGGGGGAUAUCCGAAUAGUGGACUUUGGCCUGUCUAGACAGGUGGACAAUGUGAAGGAAGUGCGGGAGAUCCUGGGAACGCCAGAAUAUGUAGCUCCUGAAAUCCUGAGUUACGAUCCGAUCAGCACAGCCACGGACAUGUGGAGUAUCGGGGUUCUCACGUACGUCAUGCUGACCGGAGAGUCGCCAUUUCUCGGUGACGACAAGCAGGAGACGUUUCUGAACAUUUCCCAGGUGAAUGUCAGCUACUCGCAGGAUGUCUUUGAGGGGGUCUCCAACUUGGCCGUGGACUUCAUCAAGUCUCUCCUGGUUAAAAGCCCCAGGGGGAGGGCCACAGCUGAAGACUGCCUACAGCACCCCUGGCUGACGCCCCACCCUGCUGCCCUGACACCCCUAAGCGAGUCGGACGUCGGGCAGUCAGAGUCGGACCCCGAGAGCCCUGACUCGGCCGAGGAGCUCGUCCUGUCCUACACCAUCUGCCAGAGCGACCUCGAGGUGGUGCGCAAGAGCUUCACGUUUGAGGAGCCCUUCGGCGCCCGGCCGGAGAUCCAGCAGGAGCUCGUCUGCUGACCCGGUGCGGCCCACCCGCCUACACUUGACUUGGGAUUUUGUGUCGUGUGGCAGUGAGGUGACAAUUUUCACUAGGACUUGACUGCCAACCCCCCCCCCCCCCGCCCCCCCCCCCCCCCCCCCCCCCCCCCAAACCCGGUGUCAGCACGGUCAUUUUGGUCUUUUAAAGCUGGGGAUAUGAGGGGGGGGGGGCUGGUGAGGGGACAAAUUUUGGGAUGGCAGAGGACGGCUUUGGACUGCCCAGCCUGCAGAUCCUCGGAUGUGAGAAUUUGUGAGCCGCCAGGUUGCCCCAUGUCUUUUCUUUUUUUAAGGUUCCUCUCCUUGUUUUUAUUGUGCACUUUAAUAAUCACAAGAAGUGGCAGUCAUGCCAGGGACAGUAAGUCACAUGACAGCUUGGGUGUGUGACACACAUUUCAAAAGGGCACGCGAGCGGUUUGGACUGACAUGGUCGUGUGGUGACACGCCGGUGCCACUGUGCCCCUCCGCUGUGGUACCAGGUCACUUUGCUUGCCACCAGAGACUCGUGCAGAGUGACUUAUUUUUCUUUUUUGGGGGGGGGGGUUUGGGGGGGGUCCUCUGUUUUUGCUGCUGCUCAUGCUUUGCAUAUAGCGGAGGUUUGGGGGAGCAAAAUCAGAAACGUUGAGGCACUGCAACUGCAAACUCUGAGCACCUUGUACUGAAAAAGGAGAGAAAACUUCAAAGGUCUGAUUGUGUUUUAUGCAAAUGUAUUUUAAUUAUUCUGUUUAUUAAUAAUAAUAAUAAUAAUAAAGAAAUGAAUUAUUUUUCUAUUUUAUGUUUUAUAUAUUCAUGUAAAUUUAAAUAUUAAGUCUUUGUGUGAGAGAUGGGGCAUCAGGCCUGGAGUGGACUUGGUGGUGGGGGGUCUUCUGUCCCUCGCCCCCCCCCCCCACUUGCAUCCCUCUUAUGCUUGGGUGGGGGUCUUUAACCAGGGGGGGGUCUUGGUCUUUAACCAUCUUUAAUGGCCCACCAGGUUAAAGACCCCCAUCUUAUUCUGGGGGGGGGGGUCUUUAACCAUCUUUAAUGGCCCACCAGGUUAAAGACCCCCAUCUUAUUCUGGGGGGGGGGGUCUUGGUCUUUAACCAUCUUUAAUGGCCCACCAGGUUAAAGACCCCAUCUUAUUCUGGGGGGUCUUUAACCAUCUCUUUUGCUGGGGUGGGGUCUUUUUAACCAUCUUUAAUGGCCCACCUGGCUGAAAGUGGCUUAGAAUUGGAGGUGGGCUAAUGAACCAAUGGAAAAUCCUGCAUCCAGCUGGUGGGAGGGACAUGUAAAUCAAAGACCCCCUUUUUAGGGCCGCAGGUGUGGGCAUCUCCCGUUGUAUUGGCCUGUGUUUCUGAAGAUUAAUAAAAUGUUAUUUUUAUCCUGGA